CUAGAGCAACUCCGGAUUCAUCUGGAUAUUGGUUUGCAUUAGCACGCUGUUUGACUUUUGCAACCAUACAGAUAUGUCCUAAAACUGGAGUCGGAGUCCACGGUGUGUGAGAUAUAAUGGAAGCCUUUCUGAGGUUUUUAUGUAAAGAGGCUGUACGAGAAGCCCCCACAAAGUGCUGGACUCGUAAAAGUUUGAGGUGUUCUAGAUCACCUUUCAAACGUCCUCUAUGUUCACAUCAUCCAUCAUCAGCGUGGGACAGAUCGCGUGAUUAUCACCUACCCAAACGAGCAGCGUUGUUAAAACGCUUCACCCUCUAUUUUCGCUAUAGAGUCUCAGACACCUCUCAGGCAGCCCUGUCCAGUGUGGCACCAGUUUUUGUUGUGAUGAAAUUUGAUAAAGAUGGAAACGUCACAUCAUUUGAGAAGAAGAAGACGGAGCUUUACCAAGAGCUGGGAUUACAGGCCAGAGAUCUGCGCUUCCAGCAUCUCACCAGCAUUACGUCACGCAACAACGCCAUCAUCAUCCGCAUGGAGUCUCUGAAAGCAGUGGUGACCCCAGAGAGUCUGCUGGUUCUGGAUUUUCGUGGCGUGGGUUUGGAGAAGUGGCUGGUCCGAGAGCUCGGUUCACAGCUGGCUGGUGACGGGACCCUGGUCACUGGAUCUUUACCGUUUGAGUUCAGAGCUCUGGAGGCCAUUUUACAGCACAGGAUCAACACGCUUCAGACGAGGUUGAACGAGGUCCAGCCGCAGAUCCUGGACUGUCUUGAAUCCCUGGUGGACCCGAAGCUUCUUUCUGCGGACCGCUCUAAACUCCACAUGCUCCUCCUCAGCAGCAAGAGCCUGUCAGAGCUGGAAACCGAUAUUAAGAUGUUUAAAGAGAGUCUGCUAAAGAUCUUGGAUGAAGACGAGCUUAUUGAUGAGCUGUGUCUGACAAAGUGGACCGACCCCCGCGUGUUUGAGGAGAGCAGUCUGGGUAUAGACCAUGCAGAGGAGAUGGACUUGCUGUUGGAGAAUUACUACAUGCAGGCUGAGGAACUCGGCAACAAGACACGUGAACUCAAAGGACUCAUCGAUGACUCUGAGAGUGUCAUCUUCAUCAACCUGGACAGUCACCGAAAUGUGAUGAUGCGCCUGAAUCUCCAGCUGACCAUGGGAACCUUCUCCCUUUCCUUAUUUGGCCUGAUGGGCGUGGCCUUUGGCAUGAACCUGGAGUCCUCCUUUGAAGAGGACCCGCGUGUGUUUUGGCUGGUGACUGGCUUCAUGUUUCUGGGUAGUGGACUCAUCUGGAGACGACUCCUGUCUUUCCUGGGACGCCAUUUAGAACCCACCUCUCGGCCCCCGAUCCCACCCGUCUGGAGGAAAAACCAAAUCAGUGCCAUGAGAGGGACUGAGAUCAAGGCCGGUGUGAGAUGAUGGCGCGAGAUUGGAGUCUACACCAGAGCGUUUCACCCAGAUGCUCCCAUCUUUCAUUCAUGCUUACACAAAAUCAGAUUACCUUCUACUGGUAAUAUUUAACCACAGAGAUAUACUUUAUUUUUUGUUACUUGCAAUUUUUUUUUUUUUCAA